AUGCUUGCAUGUUUAAAAGGACACAUAGAUGUGAUACGUAUGCUACUUCAUCGUUACAAACCUGAUCUUGAAGUACUAAAUAAUAUUGUCUUCGGAGAUGUAAAUUCAAGUCGACAAACAUUUUUCAAUGUUUCGGUGCUAUGGGUAGCGACAUCGGUCAACAAUUUUGAUAUAGUAAAAUUACUAGUCGAACAUGGCGCUAAUGUAAACCAUCGAACUAAAACAAAUUCAACACCACUGCGCGGUGCUUGUUACAAUGGUAAUGUGGAAAUGGCUCGUUAUUUGAUUGAACAUGGUGCUGAUGCACAUCUUGCCAAAGAAAACAAUGAUACAAAUCUAAUGGUCAGUGUAUGUCAUAAGCAUUUAAAUAUGGUUACUUAUCUUGUGGAUGAGUUGCAUUGUGACAUAAAUGAAUGUGAUAUUAAUGGUCGUUCGGCACUUUAUGAUGCUGUCACUUGUGGAUCGGUUGAAAUAACUGAGUUUCUACUCAAACAUGGAGCUCGCAACUUUCGGGCUGUUGUCGAUCAAAUGUCUCCGUUAAUGUGGGCAGCAGAAAGAAGGCGUUCAGAUCUUGUAGAUGUUAUUUCUCCUUACUGUUCACUACUUGAAAGGAUAGAAGCUCAAGAACUACUUGCUAGUGCUUUUAUCUGUGGUAGUCGUGAUGAUCAUGCUCCUGAUAAAUCGUUUAAACAUUUUUGCCAAGCGAUUCGAAAAGCUGUGUUAAGUGAUCUGCCGAGGAUGUUACAAAUAAUGGAUGAAGCUUUGGAAACUCCAACUAUUGAUGAUGAAAUGGAACAACGAUUAGAACGUUGGUUAGUCAAAUUUAAUAAUAAUUUACAGUUCAUAUUUUAUGUAGCUGAAGUUGAUCAUGGUUAUUUAGUUGGCUGGUGUCGUGGUGGACAAGCAAUUGAAUCUCAUAAAAUAGUUGAUCAUGAAACGUAUGAUUGUGAAAUACAUAAUAUAUUUCUUUGUAAACAAUAUCAACAUCGUGGUAUUGGUUAUGAAUUAUGGAAAAUUGUAUGGAAUGAUAUUCUUGUAUCGUUUCAGCCAAAGAAUUUCAUUGUUUGGUCAGUCGAUAAACAGCAAACACAUCAAUUUUAUUCAUCACUUGGAGGCGUACCGAAAGAAAAGAGAAAAUUUGAUGAAGAGUGUACUUUAACGGCAUUCGUUUGGCAUGAUCUGAGAUUUUUAUCAGUAAACAUGGUAUGGAACAAUAUUGGAGAUAGUAUUGAUGUUACACAAGUAUCAAAAUCGAUUGUUGACGAUCUUAAUCUUGUUUCAGAAAGAUUUAUCAUCUAUCUUCCACUUAUCUUUCUUAUCUUUGGCUUUAUUGGAUUCAUUGGAAAUAUUUUUACUUAUCAUCUUCAAGCUGAACUUCGUUCCAAUACUUGUUGUAUUUAUUCACUUUGUGGUUCAAUCAUUGAUAUUAUGAAUCUUUCUCUCAAUUCAUUUCCAAUGUAUCUCGCUGCCAAAUAUAAAAUUUAUAUACCAUGGUAUAUAUCAAGUAUAACAUGUAAACUUGAUGUUUUUCUUCUUGUAUUUCUUCCUCAUUUAUCAAUUCAUUUUUUGAUUAUGGCUAUUAUUGAUCGAUUUGCUUGUACUUGUAAACUUACAUCACCAUUACGUCGACUCAAUCAACUAAAAAUGGUACCAUGGAUAAUCACAAUUACAAUUAUUUUAAGUUGUCUUGCUUCGAUUUAUUCACCAAUUCUCUAUGAUCUUGUGAAUAAAUAUUCGUGUAUAUCUACAGAACCACAAUUGAAUAGUAUAUUGUAUAUUACACUCAGUGGUGUCAUGCAACCAGUAAUAAUGUUAAUAUUUGUUUUACUUACUUAUCAAAAUGUACAUCAAUGUCAUCGACGAGUAAGAAGUUAUAAACAAUGGUCAAUUCUUUUUUUUGUCUUCUCUCUAACGAACAAUUGUUGUUAUAUAAAUAAUGUUAAAUCAUUUUAUCUUUCACUAUUAACAUCUCAUUUAUUUCGUAAAACACUUAUAAAAGGUUUAAUUGAAAUAUUACCUCGACAUUUACGUUCACAAUAUCAAGUAUCACAAAUUCAACCUUCGAUGGCUACUAUUACUAGAAUAAGACCACGUGAUAUAUCCAAACGUUGA